AGUCGUUUGGAGAACCAAAGCCGAGAUCUGCAGGACAGACUCAGGGAGGGCAGGCGGGCAAAGCCGCACGUGUCCACUGGCACACUGGGCAAAGCUAGGGACAGAGAGGUGUGUGGCGACGGCUACUGGAGGUGCGACGGAGCGUUAGAGGAACGGACAGGAGGGGCAGCUGGACGGGUUGAAGCAGGAGCAGCAGAAGGGCACAUAGAGCCAUAGACAGGCAGCGAGGAGGGUCCAGAGGCGGUGAGAGGAGGCCGGGACAGGGCCAAGGCCCGGGAAGGCGCCAUCGCUGAGGGAUGAACUUCACAGUGGGUUUCAAGCCGCUGCUGGGGGAUGCGCAGAGCAUGGACAACCUGGAGAAGCAGCUCAUCUGCCCCAUCUGCCUGGAGAUGUUCUCCAAGCCGGUGGUGAUCCUGCCCUGCCAGCACAACCUCUGCCGCAAGUGCGCCAACGACAUCUUCCAGGCCUCCAACCCUCUGUGGCAGUCCAGGGGUUCCACCACUGUGUCUUCGGGAGGCCGUUUCCGCUGUCCAUCCUGCAGGCAUGAGGUUGUCCUGGACCGACAUGGUGUGUAUGGCCUGCAGCGAAACCUGCUAGUGGAGAACAUCAUUGACAUUUACAAGCAGGAGUCAUCCCGGCCUCUGCACUCCAAGGCUGAGCAGCAUCUCAUGUGUGAGGAGCACGAAGACGAGAAGAUCAAUAUCUACUGCCUGAGCUGUGAAGUGCCCACCUGCUCUCUCUGCAAGGUCUUCGGCGCCCAUAAGGACUGUGAGGUGGCGCCACUGCCCACCAUUUACAAACGCCAGAAGAGUGAGCUGAGCGAUGGCAUCGCAAUGCUGGUGGCCGGCAAUGACCGCGUGCAAGCAGUGAUCACGCAGAUGGAGGAGGUGUGCCAGACCAUCGAGGACAACAGCCGGAGGCAGAAGCAGUUGCUGAACCAGAGGUUCGAGACCCUGUGCGCAGUGCUGGAGGAGAGGAAGGGAGAGCUGCUGCAGGCGCUGGCCCGGGAGCAGGAGGAGAAGCUGCAGCACGUUCGGGGCCUCAUCCGCCAGUACGGAGACCACCUGGAAGCCUCCUCGAAGUUGGUGGAGUCGGCGAUCCAGUCCAUGGAGGAACCACAGAUGGCCGUCUACCUGCAGCAGGCCAAGGAGCUGAUCAAUAAGGUCGGCACAAUGUCGAAAGUGGAGCUGGCUGGGAGGCCAGAGCCUGGCUACGAAAGUAUGGAGCAGUUCAGCGUGAGCGUGGAGCAUGUGGCUGAAAUGCUGAGGACCAUCGACUUCCAGCCCGGAGCUUCUGGGGAGGAAGACGACGAGGAGGCACCACUGGAUGGGGAAGAGGGUGGCGCAGGGCCAGAGGAAGAGCAGCUGGAUGCCCAGCACUGACGGCCCCGCUGAGAAGCCACUUCCCUUGGGUCCAGCGCUGGCGCUCUGCAGAGACCACCGCACCACCUGGCAGUCCCGCG